UUUACUAUUCGCUCCCCCUCAAACGUACACAGAGGCUGGCUGGUUGACAAAAGCUCUAAAACCCCGUCGCCGGAUUCAGGUGUAUUGUGAUUGCAUAAAGUGAUAUAAUUGUGAUUGAUUGUUAUAAUGGAAGAAGAAGAUGAAGAGAAACUUGAAAAUGUAGAAAUUUCUGGAAGUGAUUUGGAUCUUCUAGAUUUAAGUGUGGAAGGAUCUGAUGUAGGACGUGCUGACAUGGUUAGGGCGGAUGAUGUAGGUUUGGAAAGUGGAUUUGCAGAUGAUGGUAUGUUUGAGCAGGUGUCGUUGGAUAAAGAGAAGAAUGUUGGGGAGUCCGAGAGUGGUGAUGUUCGGGAUUCAGAUAUUGGUAACGAGGAGACGGUUGAGUUUUCGGGUAAAGAGGGUACGGUGGAGUCUGAUACUUCAACUGGUAUUGCUAAAGUACAACUGGAUGGUAAUGUAUCGAGCAUUGGAUCAGUGGGGCAGUCGUCUUAUCUGUCUGAGGAAUCGUCUGCUCGGACCAGUUAUGAUUCUCCUUUGUAUCCAUAUGGGAAUGAGAGACAUUUGCCACUUGGUUCACCCCCAAAGCCUAAGCCAAAACCCAUGCCGAAUGUUUCGCCCGAGCUUUUGCAUUUGGUGGAUUCUGUUAUCAUGGGUAAGUCAGAAAGCAUGGAAAGGCUGAAAAAAAUUGUAAGCGGUGUAGAAAGCUUUGGUGAUGGAGAUGAAGCAGAGAGCAUUGCGUUAUUGGUGGUUGAUUCACUUCUUGCCACGAUGGGUGGUGUUGAAUCUUUCGAGGAAGAGGAGGAUAAUAAUCCGCCUAGUGUGAUGUUGAACUCCAGGGCUGCUGUAGUAUCAGGUGAGCUUAUUCCAUGGCUGCCUUGGCAGGCAGACAGUGUGCAUUUCAUGUCCCCUAGAACACGGAUGGUACGUGGAUUGCUUGCUAUUUUGCGAGCAUGUACAAGGAACAGAGCUAUGUGUUGUUCAUCAGGUUUGUUAGCAGUUCUUUUGCAAUCAGCUGAGAAGAUUUUUCUCGAUGAUACCGAUUCAAUGGAACAAUUGCAGUGGGAUGGAACUCCUUUGUGCUCUUGCAUCCAAUACUUAGCUGGACAUUCUCUUAGUGUAACAGAUUUAAAUAAGUGGUUUUCCACGAUUACAAGAACAAUCAACACUUCAUGGGCAUCUCGUUUAAUGCUUUCUUUGGAGAAGGCUAUGGGCAGCAAGGAGUCAAGGGGUCCUAUGUCCUCAUUUGAAUUCGAUGGUGAAAGCUCUGGUUUGCUUGGUCCAGGAGAGAGCCGUUGGCCCUUCCCUAAUGGGUAUGCAUUUGCAACAUGGAUAUAUAUCGAAUCAUUUGCAGACACUUUAAACACAGCCACUGCCGCCGCAGCAAUUGCUGCCGCCGCCGCCGCAAAAUCAGGAAAGUCUUCAGCUGUUUCUGCUGCUGCUGCAGCAAGUGCACUAGCAGGUGAAGGCAUGGCACACAUGCCACGACUUUUCAGCUUCUUAUCUGCUGAUAAUCAGGGUAUGGAGGCAUAUUUUCAUGCUCAAUUUUUGGUGGUUGAAAGUGGUAGUGGAAAGGGAAGGAAGGCUUCUUUGCAUUUUACCCAUGCAUUUAAGCCACAAUGUUGGUAUUUUAUUGGUCUCGAGCAUAUUUCAAAACAAGGGCUUCUUGGCAAGGCAGAGAGCGAAUUGAGAUUGUAUAUUGAUGGAACCUUGUAUGAAAGCCGUCCUUUUGAAUUCCCUCGAAUCUCCAAACCACUUUCAUUUUGCUGCAUUGGAACAAACCCACCUCCAACAAUGGCCGGUUUACAGCGACGCCGUCGCCAAUGCCCCUUGUUUGCGGAGAUGGGACCUGUAUAUAUCUUUAAAGAACCAAUUGGGCCUGAGAGGAUGUCUCAGUUGGCUUCUAGAGGAGGAGAUGCACUUCCUUCAUUUGGUAAUGCAGCAGGGUCAUCAUGGUUAGCGACAUUUGCUCAUGUGCAAAAUGUUUCAGAAGAAAGUGCACAUUUAGAUGCCGAAAUUGCUGGAUCCCUUCACCUUCUAUAUCAUCCUAGCUUACUAAGUGGUCGUUUCUGCCCAGAUGCUUCCCCUUCUGGCGCUGCAGGAAUGAUUAGACGACCUGCUGAGGUUCUUGGGCAAGUAUAUGUAGCUACAAGGAUGCGGCCUGCAGAAGCUUUGUGGGCUUUGGCAUAUGGGGGACCUAUGUCUUUACUUCCAUUUGUAGUAAGCAAGGUCAAUACUGAUAGCUUGGAACUGGAAAAGGGUGAUCUUAAUUUGUUAGUGGCCACCACGGCUCUUGCUGCCCCAAUAUUUAGGAUUAUAUCACUUGCAAUCCAACACCCUGGUAACAAUAAUGAGUUGUGCCGUACCAGAGGGCCUGAAGUUUUGUCAAUAAUUUUAAGCUAUCUGCUACAAACUUUAUCUUCACUUGAUAUUGCCAAGCAUGGAGUGGCACAUGAAGAAAUUGUUGCAGCAAUUGUUUCAUUAUGCCAAUCCCAGAAGAAUAAUUAUUCACUUAAAGUGCAGCUUUUCAGUACACUGUUGCUGGAUCUAAAAAUUUGGAGCCUAUGCAGCUACGGGCUACAGAAGAAAUUAUUAUCAUCCCUGGCCGAUAUGGUUUUCACGGAGUCAUCUGUUAUGCGUGAUGCAAAAGCCAUUCAGACUCUUCUAGAUGGCUGCAGGAGAUGCUAUUGGAUUGUCCGUGAGAAAGAUUCAGUGAAUACAUUUUCUCUUAAUGGAUCCACGCGUCCACUUGGAGAAGUGAAUGCCUUAGUUGAUGAGCUUCUAGUGCUUAUUGAACUUCUUGUGGUGGCAGCUUCUCCUUCCAUGGCGGUGAAUGAUAUCCGUUGCUUACUUGGCUUCUUGGUUGAUUCUCCACAACCAAAUCAGGUAGCAAGGGCAUUGCACUUGGUAUAUAGGUUGGUGGUACAACCAAAUACUUCUAGAGCUCAAACGUUUUCGGAGGCAUUCAUAUCAUGUGGUGGCAUAGAAACACUUCUUGUCCUAUUGCAGCGGGAAGCAAAAGCUGGAGAUUAUGACAUAUCAAACACUCUGGUUAAUAAUGAUAACGCGGUAACAUCCCCAGGAUCUAACUCCAACGUUGGUGAUCGAUUGGAAAAUAGUAACCACGACGAUGUAUCCUUGGAUAGAGAUGAAUCGUCAUUUAAUGUAUCUCAGACUCGUACUAGUGUCACUACUAUUAGAAGCAGUACAUCGAUCUCUGAGAGUCAAUUGAAGAAGAUUUUAGGCGGUAUAAAUUUUUCUAUCAGUCCUGACAAUGCAAGGAAUAGUGUUUACAAUAUUGACAAAAGUGAUGGUGUUGUUGUUGCAAUAAUUGGUCUAUUUGGUGCUUUAGUCAACUCUGGGCAUCUCAAGCCCGGAUCUCCCACUGCUUCAGAUUUGACACGCAACAUUCAUGGUCUGCUUGAGGGAGGGGGUAGUAUGUUUGAAGAUAAAGUCUCACUUCUACGGUACGCUUUGCAAAGGGCUUUUCAGGCAGCACCAAACAGGCUUAUGACUAGCAAUACCUACAUAGCUUUAUUGGGGGCCUCGUUAAAUGCAUCAACGACAGACGAAGGACUAAACUUCUAUGACUCACAACAUCGCUUUGAGCAUUCACAGCUACUGUUGGUUCUUUUGAGUUCACUUCCUCAUGCACCCAAGAGUUUUCAAUGCCGAGCACUACAGGAUCUUUUGAUUUUAGCUUGUAGUCAUGCUGAAAAUAGAGGCAGGCUCACUAAGAUGGAUGAAUGGCCCGAAUGGAUAUUGGAAAUUCUUAUUUCUAAUUACGAGACGUGUGGAAAGAACACUACAAUGUCUUCAAGUUUCAGAGAUGUUGAAGAUCUUAUACACAGCUUUCUCAUUAUCAUUUUAGAGCAUUCGAUGCGUCAGAAGGAUGGAUGGAAGGAUAUUGAAGCUACAAUUCAUUGUGCAGAAUGGCUUUCGAUGGUUGGCGGUUCUAGCACAGGAGAGCAACGGAAAAGGCGUGAAGAAUCAUUACCUGUUUUUAAGAGAAGGCUUCUAUGUGCGUUGCUCGACUUCGCUGCUAGGGAGCUGCAGGUUCAGACUCAAGUUAUUGCUGCAGCAGCCGCUGGCGUGGCUGCUUACGGGUUAUCACCAGAGGUUUCUAAGGCGGAGGCAGAGAAUUCUGCACAACUUUCGGUGGCUUUGGUAGAGAAUGCAAUCGUGGUGUUAAUGCUUGUUGAAGAUCAUUUACGCUUGCAAAGCAAACUUUUUAGUUUUUCGCUUGUCCAAGCUGGCUUUGAUUCUUCUGCCUCAUCUGUGGUUCGUGUUGGUAGCAGCACAAAUCUCUCCAAAUUACCAGAACCAUUGGAGGCGCGGUCUUCAUCAACUGACUCUAGAAGUCUCCCCCUUGAUGUGCUUGCUUCCAUGGCUGACACUAAGGGGGAAGUUUCGGCAACAGUGAUGGAGCGGCUUUCAGCUGCUGCAGCAGCUGAACCCUAUGACUCUGUUUCUUGUGCUUUUGUUUCAUAUGGCAGCUGUGCUGUAGAUUUAGCUGAAGGUUGGAAAUAUAGAAGUAGAUUAUGGUAUGGAGUUGGUCUUCCUUCAAAAGCAUCGGACUUUGGUGGUGGUGGCAGUGGCUGGGACACCUGGAAUUCUUCUUUGGAGAAAGAUUCAAAUGGUAAUUGGAUUGAACUCCCUUUAAUAAAUAAGUGCGUUGCCAUGCUACAAGCUUUACUAUUGGACGAGUCUGGACUUGGUGGUGGUCUUGGUAUUGGUGGGGGUUCUGGUACAGGGAUGGGUGGUAUGGCGGCGCUCUAUCAAUUGCUAGACAGCGAUCAACCUUUCUUAUGCAUGCUUCGGAUGAUACUUGUUUCUAUGAGGGAAGAAGAUGACGGUGAAAAUAAUAUGCUUACAAGGAGUGUUAGUGUUUUAGAUGGGUCAUUUGAAGGAUCAAGUAAACAAGAUGGCAUUGUUCCGUCUUCUUUAGAAAACAGUCCCCGGUCGUCAAUGAGGCAGCACCGCUCGGCAUUAUUGUGGAGUGUGCUUUCUCCCCUCUUGAACAUGCCAAUUUCAGAGUCCAAGCGACAGAGAGUAUUGGUUGCAUCAUCUGUUUUAUAUUCAGAGGUGUGGCAUGCGGUUAACCGUGACAGAGUCCCUCUCCGAAAACAGUAUCUAGAAGCUAUUUUGCCGCCGUUUGUUUCUCUUUUACGAAGAUGGCGGCCUUAUUUAGCUGGCGUCCAUGAGCUUGUUGCCACUGAUGGAAUGAAUCCUCUUGCCGUUGAUGACCCGGCUCUGGCUGCUGAUGCACUGCCUAUAGAGGGUGCUCUUGCUAUGAUUACGCCUGGUUGGGCUGCUGCUUUUGCAUCUCCACCUGCUGCAAUGGCAUUGGCAAUGAUUGCUGCAGGUGCUGGUGGAGGGGAAGCUGCUGCUCCUGCAACAACCAUGCAUCUAAAGCGUGACUCUUCCUCACUUGAUCGAAAGCCAAAGCUUCAUUCCUUUUCUAGUUUUAAAGAACCUAAUGAUGCAUCUAGCAAAUCAACAACUGUAAAAGACAAAGCUUCUGCAAAAGCAGCUGCACUGGCUGCUGCUCGUGAUCUUGAACGUAAUGCAAAAGUUGGUUCUGGAAGAGGUCUGAGUGCUGUGGCAAUGGCUACAGCUGCACAAAGACGGAGUAGAAGUGAUAUGGGCCGUGUAAAGAGAUGGAAUGUUUCUGAAGCAAUGGGAACUGCUUGGACAGAAUGUUUGCCUGCGGCUGACAAUAAACCAGUUUAUAAAAAAGAUAUCAAUGCUCUAUCAUAUAAGUUCAUUGCUGUUUUGGUUGGAAGUUUAGCUUUAGCCAGAAACAUGCAAAGAUCAGAGGUAGAUAGACGUGCUCAAGUCGAUUCCAUUGGUCGACAUCGUGCAUGCACUGGCAUACGUGCGUGGCGCAAACUCAUCCAUUACUUGAUAGAGACGAAAUGUCUCUUUGGACCAAUCAGCGAAGAUCUAUACAAUCCUGAACGAAUAUUCUGGAAGCUAGAUCACAUGGAAAGUUCUACAAGGAUGCGGAGAUGUUUGAGAAGGAACUUUGAGGGAUCAAAUCAUAUUGGUGCUGCUGCAGAUUAUGAAGAUCCUGUGGAACUGAAACAUGGUAACGAGAAUGUGGCCAGCCCUUCUAAGGCCUCUAUUUUGCCUACAGAAGCUAUCUCAUUGGAUGUAAUGAACGAGGAUGACGAACAAGAUGAAAUUGUUAAUGUGGAGAGAAAAUCGGAUGUGGAGCAUACAGAUGAUAUUCAAAUAAGGCAAUCUGGGACUGCAAAGCAGCCAUUGCAACUACCAAGUUCUACUGUAGCUCAAGUUGGGAAUGGUGAAGAUUUUGUAAGUUCAUCUGUAGUUGGACCCGGCUAUAUUCCCAGUGAAGACGAUGAAAGAGUUAUUCUUGAGGUCUCCGCAUCAAUGAUCCGACCAUUAAAGGUUUGGCAAGGAACAUUUCAGAUAACAACAAGAAGAAUUAAUUUUCUUCUUAAUAAAUCUGAGGGCACUAAGUCAGAAGAUGGAUUGGAUUAUAUAACUGAAAGUAAAGUUGAAGAUAAGGACAGGAGUUGGUUAAUAUCUUCUCUCCAUCAAGUAUAUAGCAGAAGAUAUCUUCUCAGACGAAGUUCUCUGGAAUUAUUUAUGGUUGAUCGGUCAAAUUUCUUCUUUGACUUUGGGACUACCGAGGGGAGGAGGAGCGCAUAUAAAGCCAUUGUUCAAGCACACCCUUCUCAUUUGAACAAUAUAUACUUGGCGACUCAGAGACCGGAACAACUCCUCAAAAGGACUCAACUUAUGGAACGUUGGGCACGCUGGGAGAUCAGCAACUUUGAAUAUCUCAUGCAGCUUAACACACUGGCUGGUCGUAGCUAUAAUGACAUCACUCAGUACCCUGUUUUCCCAUGGAUUCUUGCAGAUUACAAGUCAAAGAAUUUGGAUCUUACAGAUCCUGCAUCUUACCGGGACCUAUCAAAGCCUGUCGGAGCACUAAAUGUUGAUCGGUUGGAAAAGUUUCAGGAGAGAUACUCUAGCUUUAAUGAUACUGUCAUACCCAAGUUUCAUUAUGGUUCACAUUACUCAAGUGCAGGAACAGUACUGUAUUAUCUCAUGCGGGUGGAACCAUUUACUUCUUUAUCAAUUCAAUUGCAAGGUGGCAAGUUUGACCAUGCAGACAGAAUGUUUUCAGAUAUUUCUGCUACUUGGAAUGGUGUUUUGGAGGACAUGAGUGAUGUGAAGGAACUGGUUCCUGAGCUGUUUUACCUCCCUGAGAUAUUGUUGAAUGAGAAUUCGAUUGAUUUUGGCACCACACAACUUGGGGAUAAACUAGAUUGUGUUAAACUUCCUCCUUGGGCUGAAAACCCUGUCGAUUUUGUGCAUAAGCAUCGAAUGGCUCUUGAAAGUGAGCAUGUUUCUGCACAUUUGCAUGAAUGGAUAGAUCUCAUAUUUGGGUGUAAGCAACGGGGAAAAGAAGCUAUUACAGCAAACAAUGUGUUUUUUUACAUCACUUAUGAAGGCACUGUAGACAUAGACAAAAUUGUGGAUCCGGUUCAACAAAGGGCUAUGCAAGAUCAAAUUGCUUACUUUGGACAAACCCCGUCACAACUUUUAACUACCCCCCACAUGAAGAAGAUGCCCCUUUCAGAUGUUCUUCAUAUGCAGACCAUCUUUCGAAAUCCCAAAGAAGUUAAACCCUACAGUGUUUCAUCGCCGGAGCGUUGCAAUCUGCCUGCUUCUGCCAUUCGAGUAUCUUCUGAUUCUCUUGUAAUAGUCGAUAUGAAUGCUCCAGCAGCACAUAUAGCACAACACAAAUGGCAACCAAAUACACCCGAUGGCCAAGGAGCACCAUUCCUACUGCAACAUGCAAAGGCUACAACAAGCUCCAGUGGUGGAAGUUUCAUGCGAAUGUUCAAAGGACCAUCAUCAGGGUCUGACUCAGAAGAAUGGCAAUAUCCCCAGGCUCUUGCCUAUCCUGCACAAGGACUUAAGAGCUCUUCAAUUGUCUCGAUCACAUAUGAAAAUGAGAUUAUUACGGGUGGACAUGUGGACAACAGUGUCCGGCUCAUAUCAGCAGAUGGGGCAAAAACUUUGGAGAUAGCCCGAGGUCAUUCCGCACCAGUAACAUGUAUGUCCCUAUCACCAGACAGCAAUUAUCUAGUGACUGGUUCCCGGGAUACGAUGGUACUAGUCUGGAGAAUACACCAAUCGGGAACUCCUCAAAGAAGCAGCAUAUCAGAACCUCCUUCUACCUCUGGAAAACAAACUUCAGCAAAAACUAAUAGUGUAAAUACUUUACCGAAUAAAAACAGGAAACGACGAAUCGAGGGUCCCAUACAGGUUAUCAGGGGACAUUUUGGGGAAGUAAUAUGUUGCUGUAUUGAUUCAGAUCUUGGAGUAGUUGCCUCGUGCUCUGAUUCUUCAGACGUUUUGCUACAUUCAGUGAGCAGGGGUAGAUUGCUCAGAAGGCUUGAUGAUGUGAAGGCUCAUAUGGUCUGUCUCUCACCAGAUGGUGUUGUGAUUACAUGGAAUAAAUCAUUGUACACUCUCUCAACUCAUACACUUAAUGGGAUAAUGAUUGCUAGAGCACAUUUUCCAUUUUCAUGUAGCAUUAGCUGCAUGGAAGUUUCUUCUGAUGGGCGGAGUCUUCUGAUUGGAUUGAAUUCACGUUUGGGAAACAUUGAUAUAAACGGAUCAAAGUCCAAAAAGGAAGAUUCUGAAGGUGGUGAUGAUGGAUCUAAUGAAGAUAUUGAAAUCAAAAGAAUAGAUAUCACGUCUCCUUCGAUUUGCUUCCUUGAUCUUCAUUCUCUAAAGGUAUUUCACAUACUGAAACUGAAAGAUGGGCAAAUUAUUACAGCACUAGCAAUGAACAAAGACAACACAAAUCUGUUGGUUUCAACAGCUGACAAACAAUUGACUGUAUUCACCGAUCCUGCUUUGAGCUUGAAGGUUGUCGAUCAAAUGCUCAAGCUUGGUUGGGAAGGUGAUGGGCUUAGUCCAUUCAUGAAAUAAGAACCUCGGCUCCAUUUUUGUGUUCUUCCAAUGGGGCUGUACCUUCAGCCUUCUUGAUCACUAGUUAAGUCAACCAUACAAUUUCCUAUUCAGACAGAACCUGAAGCUGUCACACGGAUCUAAGGAGCAGGUUUAUUCUGAUGUAUCAUAAGUUGCCGGACACGAAACAACUUCUUCGUAUAUAAACUAUACAUGGAUUGCAAAAAUGUUAGAUGUACAAUAGACAUUGGUUAUGCGGAAUUUGACUUUCUGUUGUAAAUUUUUGCCACCAUGGAAGUGGCAUUUGAGCUUGUUCAUUUUGUCUCCAAAUUUUGGAGGAGAUAAAGGGGGGUUUUAGUCUGAAUGGUGAUGGUGAUAGUGCCUUUUUUCUUUUCUUUUUUGUACAAACUAGAUGUAUUGCGGAAGGAUCAAUAUCACGAGUACAUUAGCAUUGGUUUUUA